UUCGCCCAGCAGGAGAUUAAAUGUUAAAUAUUUCCACGCGUGGAGAGUCGGGAACCAUUUCCACGGGUUUGUCUCCAAGCCACGGAUCAACAGCGGAAACUGUGAUGGGUCGGAGUGACGUCAUCAGAGUGACGUCGAGCCUGAGGGUCUUUACGCAUUGGAUCGGGGUUACUGUAACGUUCCCGCCCGGUACCGCAUGUUGAUGAGGAAAUCUGCGGGUUCGCCUCCUCCUUGCGGCUCCGCAGGAAAACGCAGCCUGGCGGGGAUUUAAUCCGGAGGUUUCGCUGGAGGAGGUGAUGGUGGGAGGAGAAGCGGAGGACGGUGGCCCCCCCACCCCCUUCACAUCAAACCUGCCCACUGCACCGGAGCCGCCGACGGGCCGUGAUGCUGCAGCCGCCCGCAGAUAAAAGACCCGCUGCGGCGCUCUGCGGACAGAAAACACGCAGCGGGAAGUCUGCGGCAGCAAAACCUCCGCAGCUGAAAUGUGGAGGAAUCAUCAGAUUUUUGUUGCUUUUAAGUAAUGAUAAUAUUCUUCGUCGUGAUGGAAGAGUCUCUGCAGAGUUUCCCCACAGUUAACUGUUUCACUCCCGGCGCGCUGCUGGCGGCCUGCCUGGUUCUGCUGCUCUCCGUGAGGCUGUGGCUCCGGCGCCGCGGGGCCGCUCCGGGCCUGCCGGGGCCCUUCGCCUGGCCCGUUAUCGGGAACGCCGCGCAACUCGGCAACACGCCGCACCUGUACUGCACCCGCAUGGCGAGGAAGUACGGCAACGUGUUCCAGAUGCAGCUGGGCAGCCGAACCGUGGUGGUUCUGAACGGCGACGCCAUCCGACCGGCGCUCAUCAAGCAGGGUUUGGACUUCGCCGGGAGGCCGGACUUCGCCUCCUUCCGGUUCAUCUCCGACGGCCGGAGCAUGGCGUUCGGUACCGUCACGGACUGGUGGAAGACGCACCGCAAAGUGGCGCAGUCCACCGUCCGCAUGUUCUCCACCGGGAACCCGCAGACCAAGCGGACCUUCGAGCAGCACGUCCUGGCCGAGUUCAGGGAGCUUCUGCAGCGGUUCGUGGAGAAGACGCGGGCGGAGCGGUACUUCCAGCCCGGCACCGACCUGGUGGUGUCCACGGCCAACGUGAUGAGCGCCGUCUGCUUCGGGAGGAGGUACACCUACGAGGAUGCGGAGUUCCGGGAGGUGGUGGGCAGGAACGACAAGUUCACCAAGACCGUGGGAGCCGGGAGCAUCGUGGACGUGAUGCCGUGGCUCCAGUACUUCCCCAACCCAAUCAAAACCAUCUUCGAGGACUUCAAGAACCUCAACCGGGACUUUGGGGAGUUCAUCCGGGAUAAAGUCAUGGAGCACAGGAAGUCCAUCGAGUCGAGCGCCAUCCGGGACAUGACGGACGCUUUCAUCGUGGCCCUGGAACGAAACACGGAGUCCGCUGGACUCUCCGCUGGGACGGACUUCGUGACUCCCACCAUAGGGGACAUUUUUGGAGCCAGCCAGGACACGCUGUCCACGGCUUUACAGUGGAUCAUCCUCAUACUGGUCAAGUAUCCUGAGAUCCAAACGCGUCUUCAGCUGGAGGUGGACAGAGUUGUGGACCGGAGUCGUCUGCCGUCCAUGGAGGACCAGGCCGAGCUGCCGUACGUCAUGGCCUUCCUCUACGAGGUGAUGCGCUUCACCAGCUUCAUCCCGCUCACCAUCCCCCACUCGACCAUCACAGACACCUCCAUCAUGGGCUACACCAUUCCAAAGAACACCGUCAUCUUCAUAAACCAGUGGUCCAUCAACCACGACCCGGCCACGUGGUCCAACCCGGGGACCUUUGACCCCGAGCGCUUCCUGGACCCCCAGGGGGCGCUGAACAAAGACCUGGCCGCCAACGUGCUCAUCUUCUCGUUGGGCCGGCGGCGGUGCAUCGGCGAGCAGCUGUCCAAGAUGCAGCUGUUCCUGUUCACGGCGCUGCUGGCGCACCAGUGCCGCAUCGCCGCCAACCCGGCGAAGACGCUAACCCUGGACUACAAGUACGGCCUGACUCUGAAACCGCACGACUACGCCAUCGCCGUGUCUCUGCGGGAAGACAUGACUCUGCUGGACGCUGGUGUCGCUCAGGCAGUCGCAAACGAACAAUCAGCAGAAUUACAGGCAAAAGAUUAAAGAUUAAAGGCCACAGCAAAUGAGUCAUCGGACCUGAAAACUUUAGCCAAAAAUUAAAAACAAUCGUUUUAGCAUAAAUACAAAAACAAAUGCUGAAUUUUUAAUAGAUUUCCAUUUUAUUCCUGCAAAAAUGGAGAAAAGAAAUGAGCUGAAGCUAGCUAUAGCUUAGCUAGCUAUAGUAGCCAUAGCUAGAAGCUACACUGCAAGAACACAAAAUCUUACCAAGAGUGUUUGUCUCCUUUUAAGUGCAAAUAUUUUAGUACGCUUGAAAUAAAACAAAACCAACUUCAGAGUAACUUUUCAGUAAAAUAUAAAAGUUUGCUUUAAAUUAAAAUUACUGGCAGAUUUUUUCACUUUUAAGAUAUCUGUUCUGGAAAUUAGACCAAAACUCGUUGUAACAUUGUGUGUUUUUGCAGUGUAUGGAUGUUAGCUUCUGGAUUUCAAACAGAACGACACUAAAAUUUCCAGAUUAGGUCUGUUUUUAAAAAUUUAAUGGCAUUUUCCAUCGUAUAAAAAAGUAUAUCCAUCAGCUUCAUUUUAAAUUAUAAAAAUAUAAAUAAAUUAGUGGUUAUUUAAACUGAGGAUAAGUUUCCUACAGUAGAUAUUUGUCUAAAUUUCUUAAUUGUUGUUUUUUUCAUUUGCGACUCUAAAUGAUUUUUCGUUUUUGGCAGUUCUGAGCGGUUGCAGCUCCUGGUCUGAGGACUCAGAAAAUGAAGAAUCAGUGAGAGCAGAAAUUGGGUUUGUGCCUAAAUAAGCAGUAGAUAUAUGGAAGCAGACAUAUUUAUUGACACCUCUGGUAAAUAUAUGUAAACAGCCUCAAAAUAUUUGAAAUAUUAACACCAUCGGACUUGAAAGUGUAGAAAAAUCCAGACUUUUACCUGUUUUUCUCAACAGAUCAUCGUCCGAUUCUUUUUAUUUAAAAUCCCCUGACGUUGUGGAAAUCCUGCAUGAACUCUUAACAAGGUGUCCAGGGUGUUUGAAAGGAAAAGAGGCCCACAGCAUGACAGUUCCUCCUCUGCACUUAACAAUGGUGCUUACAUUUGGCAUUUUAGAAAAAAAAAACAUAUUUUUCUGUUUUAGCUUCACUUUGGUCAGAUAGUAAAGGAAUAAAAUGUUGAAUUUAAUUAUUUGAUUAUGUCCAUUAUUAAUGUUUUUCUAAAAUUAAAUGAAAAAUAUGCCAAUACUUUUUUAUCUAAUUAAUCGAUUAAUCAUCAGAAUAAUCGAUUAAUCACUUACUAAAAUAAUCAUUAAUUGCAGCCCAGGCUUUACAAACACUAAUCCACCUAAAAAAUACGUAAACUUAAAAAACACCUUCAUUUACUGAUUGUUUUGAUUUUAUUAAAAAGCUGAUUUGGUUGAUGUGGGAGAGCUGUAGUCAAGUAAAGGAGGGAUUUUUCUAAAUCUUUUAGCGGCUGCAAUAACAGUUUUACUUUAAGACUCUUCAACCAGAGGUGCUGAUAAAUGCGUCUGCAUCUGAAUUUCGCUCUGGGUGUUUCUGCAGACAGAAAGCGAUGGCACAUCUGUUCUCAACAUUAGUCAGCCGCAGCGAUCUGCAAUCAGAACCAGAAAACAGUCUGGAAAAACAAAACGCUAACAGUGAAGCUCUGAUCCUAAACAAGACUAAGCUGCUGCAUAAUUUAUCCCUGCCAGGUGGAAAAAAACUGCACACUUUUAUUGUUGCUUUGCUACCUGGAAAAAAGACACUUUAUCUGCUUCAUUAACGAUCCAAAUGUUUCUAAUCGUGUAUCUUGAUAACUGUGAUGAACAAACUGUGUUUCGGAUCCUCAUGACGACAGAAACAAGCUGCAGCUACAUAAACUCCUAGCUUCAGCUCUGCUAGCACUAAAUGUUCAGUAGCAACGUGUAAAUUAAUAUAUAUGCCGGUGUAUUACUCAGGAAGAGAAAGACGAAAAUACUAUUUAAUCUAAUAUAUUCUUUCACUUUUACAGAUUUUGUUGUAAAGAGACGGUGAGUUUCACAUGUAAACGGAUAUUAAAGCAGUGUAACUUAGCUGGAUACUCAGUCAGUCAGGAAAAUGUAAAGGACGUUACAGACACGCACUGCAAAAACAGAAGAUACCACCAAGGGUUUUUGGUAAGUUUCUGAUGUAAAUAUAUUAGCACACUGAAAAAAAGGGGGCAAAAGUAACUUAAAAAUAAAUUUUUAGCAAGAUUUAGAGGAGUUUGUUUAAAGUUAAUAAUUUCCUAAUAUUGAAGAAAAAUUACUAAUUUUAUUGGCAGAUUAUUUCACUUAUACCAAAACAUUUUUACCAUGUUAUAAGUGAAAUAAACUGCCAGUGGAACUAGAGCUGGGUUGCUAGGCGACGGCUGAGGUGGCUGGCGUUGCUAGGUAACGGCACAGAGUGAGUUGAUUAUGAAAUAUGUGGAACCUUUAGUUUUUCACCAAAAUUUAGGAUUUAUUUACUUAAGACAAGCUCUUAGAUCUUGCUGAAAAGUUACUUUUAAGUUACUUUUAAAAUAUUUUCACUUGAAAGCACUUGGAACUGCCUUGUUGCUGAAAAAGCGCUAUUUAAAUAAAACUUCUUAUUCUAAAACUAGCUAAAAAAAAACCCUUGGUAAUAUUUUUUGUUUUUGCAGUGCAGGAUUAUAAAUUCUCACCUACUCACAACCUCGACAAAUACUAAAUGUUUUAUGGUUUUUACAGCAGAAAUGUUGAGAUUAAUUUUGUUUAAAAAAGAAAAACAACAAUCAAUCUUUCUGCUGCUAUAAAGCAGGAGAGGGAUUAGAGUGAAAUGUGAAGUAUGUUUCUUUCAGCCAGCUGGCUGACAGUGUGUAGCAGCAUAUGGAGACAAGAUCUCAUUAUUACACUGCAAAAACACAAAGUCUUACCAAGUAUUUUUGGUCUAGUUUCUAGUGUAAAAAAACUUGAAAUCAGACAAAACAAAACUACAGGAGAAUGUUUUAAGCCAAUAAUUCUUUAACUAUUUCACUUGACAAAACAUUAUAAGUGUAAUAAUCUGCCAGUGGAACUAGAACUGGGUUGCUAGGCAACGAGCUUGGCUUGGCUAGUGUUGCUAGGUAACGACUGUGAAGUGAAAUUAUCUGUCAGCAGAAACAAGUACUUUUUAAAAUCAAUAUCAAGGAAUUAUUGACUCAAAACAAGCUCUUAUUUCUUUCUGAAAAGUUACUUGUAAGUUAGUUUUGCUUUAUUUCAAGUGAACUAAAAUAUUUGCACUAGAAACUAGACCAGAAAUACUUUGUGAGAUUUUGGGGUUUCUUGCCGUGGAGGGCAUUAAACUGCAGAAACUGUAUGAUAGAAAAUGUUUCACCUCCCUGCUAAAGUUCGGCUCAUUUUGGGCAUUUCAUGUACGUUUGCACAGGAAUCUGAUUCUGUGCAAACGUACAUGAAGAAUGUCUUUGUUCUCCACCUUAUUUGCCUCUAUGAAGGUUUAUUCUCUGUUGUCUUACUGUGUUUUGCUUAAUGUGUAAAUUAUGUAAUUUACACAUUAAGCGUAAAUUACUCUAAAGUGUAAUUUACACUUUAGAGGCUGACACAGAGAUCUACGGGUUCCUGCAGAAGCCAGUCAAAUUCAUGUAAAUUCAAUGUAACUGCAAAAUGUAAAUAUUUACAGGUGUAGAGAAAACCAAAUAAAAUGAUUUUAUCCACA